AUCUCUGCAGUCGCAAGUAGUCCCCAGCCACCCAGCUAGGAAAGGAGCUGAGUGAGAGAACCCGUAAGGCCUCGGAGCGGUGAGUCCCGGGCCCUGCGGGCGCGCAGCCAAUCCCUGGAAAGGGGGCGUGGUUAUCUCCCCUCCCCCCGCUCCCGCCGCCGCGGAUCCCUCCGCCCGCUCUAGCAGUGCUGAGGCCGAAGGAGCGGCCAUUUUGGAUUUUAAGCCCGGAUUUCGAAGUCGAGUCUCUGCCUUUUUCGCGUCCAGAUUUGGCCAGGAGGAACAGCACAGCAUGUUGGGCUCUGGAUUUAAAGCUGAGCGUUUACGAGUCAAUUUGAGAUUAGUCAUAAACCGUCUUAAACUAUUGGAGAAAAAAAAAACGGAACUGGCCCAGAAAGCAAGAAAAGAGAUUGCUGACUAUCUGGCUGCUGGGAAAGAUGAACGAGCUCGAAUCCGAGUGGAGCACAUUAUUCGAGAAGACUACCUUGUGGAGGCCAUGGAGAUCCUGGAGCUGUACUGUGACCUGCUGCUGGCUCGGUUUGGCCUCAUCCAGUCUAUGAAGGAGUUAGAUUCUGGUUUGGCUGAAUCUGUGUCUACGCUGAUUUGGGCUGCUCCUCGCCUCCAGUCAGAGGUGGCUGAGUUGAAAAUAGUUGCUGAUCAACUCUGUGCUAAGUAUAGCAAGGAGUAUGGCAAGUUGUGUAGGACCAACCAGAUUGGAACUGUGAAUGACAGGCUAAUGCACAAACUGAGUGUGGAAGCCCCACCCAAAAUCCUGGUGGAGAGAUACCUGAUUGAAAUUGCGAAGAACUACAACGUGCCCUAUGAGCCUGACUCUGUGGUCAUGGCAGAAGCUCCUCCUGGAGUAGAGACGGAUCUUAUUGAUGUUGGAUUCACAGAUGAUGUGAAGAAAGGGGGCUCUGGAAGAGGAGGCGGGGGUGGGUUCACAGCACCAGUUGGGGGACCUGACGGAACGGUGCCAAUGCCUAUGCCCAUGCCAUCUCCAAGUACUCCUUUCUCGUACCCGCUUCCAAAGGGACCAUCGGAUUUCAAUGGAUUGCCACUGGGAACUUAUCAGGCCUUUCCCAAUAUUCAUCCACCUCAGAUUCCAGCAACUCCCCCAUCGUAUGAAUCUGUUGAUGACAUUAAUGCUGAUAAGAAUGUCUCUUCGCAGAUCGUUGGUCCCGGACCCAAGCCAGAAGCUUCUGCAAAGACCCCUUCCAGGCCCGUGGAUACCUAUGACAACUUUGUACUGCCAGAACUGCCAUCUGUGCCAGACACCCUACCAGCUGCAUCUGCUGGUGCCAACACCUCAGCAUCUGAGGAUAUUGACUUUGAUGAUCUUUCCCGGAGAUUUGAAGAGUUGAAAAAGAAAACAUAGGACUCCUAAACCAGGCUAUGUCCAAGUUCUGGGAAUUGAGACUGAGCAGUUUCUCCUUGUAACAAAGAAUCUCCGUGAAAUUGUUUCAUCUAUUAACCAUCUCUGAGCACUCUCUUCCUCUGGACUCUCUUUCUGCUCUGUCCAACUCUCCUGCUUUCCAGUUCUGUCGCUGCUGGAGACUAACAACUGGAAAUACUAAGGUUGGAGCACUUGGCUGCUGGCAACUGUGCUUGUCCAUUUCCUGUCAGCUUGAUGCCUGGUUCUCUUUGCCUUUUCCACUGUCCCUCCACAGGGAGUGAGAAGGUCAAAGUAUUGUGAGGAGAGCUGUCAAAGAUGGCUGGAUAGUGGAUAAGAGUGCUUCACAAAGUAUCUCAGUCCUGUACAGAAGGAUUUGUGGUGCGAUCCAAGGCCAUGGUGUGUACUUUCUCACUUUAAUAGAAAUGGGAGAGCGAGCAGAUGGCUCAGGAAGCCAAUUUACCAGUUCUUGGAAGCUGGGUCUUUCCAUUGACAUAUACACUACUCUUUGCUGCAGGGCACUGCUGUUCCACCUGGAUCCAGUUGCAAAGUUUAUUUGGAAAGUUGAAGGUCUCUCUUAGUCUACUGGAUUCUCAGGGAGCCCUCUGUGGCCUUUUGCUUUGAGUGCUGCGUCUCCCUGUUUAGUAGAGGCAGCACUAUAUAAAUUCCUGUUUUUCCUCAUGCAUGUUCUGUUGGAUUGCAUUACUGGCCAGGGAAGGACAGAUCACAUGAUGGGCAAAAGUCACCAUUCAAGGCUAAGGUGGGCUUCCAGUAGCCUUAAUAGAAAUAUUCAAGUUUCUUGGGUAGUGAUCUGGAAAGCCUACAGGGGAAAUAGGGUUCCUGUUUUCAUUUGAAAACUUUAUGAUUAGAGAACCUUUCAGAAUUGAGCGCAGAUAAAUUCUGCUGCCGAGGGCUGUAGGUGUCUUCUGCUUUCCUUGAUGGAUAACUGUCUUGCCCCCUUGGUAAGGCCAUUUUUCCCCACAGGGGUGGCUUUGGGAUUGGAAAAUAUGACUUCGGCUUCCGUGUGGUAUAUCUGUACAUACUUGUUUCAGGCAACUUUUCUUUAAUGUUUUUGAUUGAUUUGUAUCUCACAUCACAAUAGCUGCUAAUAAAGGUAAAAAUUCUGUG